UUCUUUCUGACCUGUCUUGUACUAUUCCAUCUCUCUUAGUGUAAUGCAAUUUGUGCUUUUUGUUAAACUUGGUCCGACCUCUUCACCUAUUUUUGUCCUCAGCCAUCUAUUUCAUUACCUGUCUCAUAAGUCUGUUAUUCAUGAGUGUUGUGGCUGAAGCUGCUGACAACUGCAGCUGCAGUUAUUAGAAGGCAGUUAUUAGAAGUUUGUACAAUUAAUUGGUUUUUUGCUUGGUCAGCUUGAGUAUGAUAGAAACAGAAAACCUCUAUAAAUCGAAAAGUGAUGUCAUUUGUCAGAUAAUCACUGUUGGCACGGUAGACCAGAAUUUUGCUUGUAUUUUCUUUUGCUCAUUUUAAUAAGGUGACACUUAGUGUCUUGAGAAGUCAUUGAUUUUUUUGUUCUGUUCCUUAUUCCAAAGACCUUUGUUAUCCCCAGUGCUAUUUUCCCACUACUGUGUUUGUAAUACUCAACCUUCCCUUUAUUUUCUGUGUCUGGAAUUAAUUCUCCCUGUAGUUUACAGUUGGUUGAUUUUGCAGGCAUCUUCACUCUCACACUGAGACUUUUCUCAUCUCAGAUGUUUGAAUAUCUCCCUAUUGACCACACUGCAUUCUUUGCUGUUGCUUUCCUAGCACCACUCUGUCCUGCUGACAGUCUUUAUUUUGAACUCUCUAGUUCUUUUCACUGUUGGGUUUCAUUGUGUAGUGUUUUCCUUCUUCCGUAACUGAAACUUCCUAUCCACACAUCUGGCUUAGACAAUGUGCAUGCCGGGGGCUGUUGUUUUUCAUUUUUUCCUUGUAGAGUGCGAGGACAAGGAGGACACAUUGCUGAAUACUGAGCACCUUGUGGCAGAUGCUGAUGCUAUCGGUGGGCAUGGUGCAGGGAGCAGUGUGCUAUCUGCAUUCCGAAGCACAGCUAUAAACAAAGAAGUUGAAGAUACCUUGGGAAGAGAAGAUAGGAUCAGCCCUGUAAAGAAGGUGGAGGAAGAUGGAAGAUACUGUACCCUGCAGGCAACUGGGUCAACUUCCGAAGACUCUGUGGCCCUUGACGGCCAGCUCAGCCUUGCCUCAGUGUGUGGGCAGCUGUCAGAUUUCCUCGGUGACGUGAAGGCUGUGUCCCCACUUUCUGUGGCUGAAUUUGCACAGGAGCCCACAGGUCAGUCAGGGUCACAUGAACAGUGUGAGGGUUAUUACUCUGAUGGGAUUGAAAAGGAGGCAAAGAAGAAAAAAAGUAACGACAGAAGUGGAAUGUGCGCUGAAAAAGCAUCUAGUGGAAUCCCUGGAGACUUGUGCAGGCAGGAUGUGUGUGGCCCAGCUACUCGCCGAUCAUCCAGAUGUGCUUCAGCCAAUGCUGCAGCUCAGCAGUCCUACAAGGUGUCUUCAGUCCUGGAAUCUGGAAGGAGCCAUGAAGGGACCAAGGGAAAAAAAGAGUUACUUGAGAAUCCAGAAAUUCUACCACCGGUCAGGAAGAAGUCACGCACCUUCUAUAGUGCAGAGCAGCUAGAAGAGUUGGAGAAGAUGUUCCAAGAAGACCACUACCCCGACAAUGAGAAGAGGAGGGAGAUUGCUGCUGUGGUUGGUGUAACGCCACAGCGUAUCAUGGUCUGGUUUCAGAAUCGCAGGGCAAAGUGGCGAAAAUUGGAGAAGUUGAGUGUGAAAGGCAACAAAAAAUAUCCAACAUCAUCAGCUCUGUCAAUCCCCUUUGGGUCAGAUGGUUAUGGGGCACCUCUUCUGCCCAGGCCUCCACUGCCUGACAUUGCUCAUGACCAGUCUGCCAUGCUGAGUGUAGACGCUACGGCUGGGAACUACUCCAGCCUGCUCAGUGGACAUCCUGCACCACUUGCCUCCUCCUCAGAGGCUGUUUUGUAGGAAACUGUUCCUCUCUCCUUUUCCAGCAGUGACUGAGGAGACAGGUCACCAAACAAGAUUCUAGCAACCAAAUGGUGUUGGUUUCCUUUUCCAUCUCCCAGCUUCUUUUUCCCAAGGCCCUUCAGCUGACAUCUCUGCUUUUUUAAUUUUUUUUUUUUUUGGCAUGACUCAUCAGAGGCCAAACCAGAAGUGAAAAUUUGGUUAAAAAAUGGCCUAGACAGUGGAUCUCUAAAGGCACGCUUUUGUUUCUUUCAAAGCACAGUUAAAUUUUUCAAAAGGGUAAUCUGUGCAGUACACUCUUCCCGAAGGACAGUAGAGAUGGAAGAUGGCCGGGGGAUUGUUCCUGGCUUUUUUCCAGGAAGUACUUUGCUUCAUUUGGCUGCUUGCUUGAGAGCUGAAUAAAUCCAGUAUGCAGAGACUGAAAUCAUGAAGUCUCUUCAGUGGCAGAAAUGGUGGCAUCUUGUGAAGUAGUUCAGCCAAAGGCGUUACCACAGCUCAACUUCAGUUCUAGCAGAAUGGAGUGCUUCCCUAGUCUUCCGAGCCCUCCACCCAUCCGCAGGGCCAGCCUACCUCUCAGUCUGUCCGUCAACCCCCCCAGUCAUAUUGUUCCCUUGAUGGUGGACACUCCCAGCAGUGAAUGCAGCUCGUCCAGUCAGGAAAACGGCUCCAGGGAGGCCUUCACUUACAGCAUCCAGAAUCAAGGCUUGAGUUCACCAGUUUCCUGCAAUUACCCUGAGCAGCUGGAGUCAGCAGGCAACCUAGAGACCACGCACUGUCAGUACAGCAGCCAGGGUGGAACUUACCAGCUGCCUCAAUAUCCCCAGCAGCACCAGCUCUCCCAGUUCCACCAACUGCCAGGUCACCUGGCCAGCAACAUGCUCUCCAGUGUCCGCCUCACUCCUACAACAGCCACCGAGUCCCAUACAGGUUUCCUCGCCUUACCUGGUAAUAGUGGAGCCAUAACCUAUGGGGCAGCAGGAGCCACACAAGGCUACGUACAAAACCACAUGGGGGGACAGCUUUUGUUACAGCAGCCAAGUGGAAACUCAGGCAUCACUGCCUAUCAAGCUGUCCCCUGGAAUGAUUUCUACAUGGAGGGAGCUCCAUUCUCGAAUCAGUUGUGCUCACAAAUGCCAUUUUCUAGCACAGCGGGAGGACAGUACUUCACAGAGCAGGUUUCCUACACUCAGCCGCCUUGCCUGCCCUCCUCUCCAUGUAUUCUUCAAGGGCCCAAUGGAACAACAUUGGGAUCCAUGCCACACACUGGAAAACAAAAGGAAGUGACGCCACCAGACCAGAGUUCAUACCAGAACCACCAAACAGAGCCAGAGUUGACAUCGCUUGCUGAAAGAGAGGAAGUAGAGAGUAGCAGCAAGGAAGGAGAGAUUAUUGUUGAUAUUAAAGAAACUACUAAUGACUGAUGCUGCACUCUGAGGAAAAAAAACAAAGGAGGAGGAAACAUUGCCAUUUUAAACUCUGCAAAAUCAGAAGAGACAAAAAGAGAGAUAAGAAUAAUAUUUGCAACAGAAGCACUUUUUUGUUUCUUUUUUGGGGAGUUGUAUUUUUUUUUUCUUGUUGCCAUGAUUAUUUUCCUGCUGAGGAAAGCAGCGGGGAAAUUUCAAUCAAUAAAAGCUUCUGAUCUGUG